AUGAUGACCAUAGACCGAGCAACUUCAAGUCCUACUUGCCUGCAUGGCUACGGAUUCACGGACUUACCCGAUGCUUUGAUGGUUGAAAUUUAUUCCUUUCUGUAUGAAAUUCCAAUCGUUCCCUAUUAUCAUGAUCGCAACAGUAGAACCAAAAGAUCAUCAUAUGAAAAUACACAAGGACAUUUCUGGGAGCAUCAAAGUGAAUGUACAUUGGCCUUUCCGCAUACCUGUCGGAAGAUCAUGAUGGCACUCGAAAAGGAUCCGAAUUUUCAACUGAUGAAAUUUAUUCAAUUUUAUUGCUUGGGAAUUAGAAAUGGAAGAUAUGAUGGUAUCGAGGAGUUGUAUAGGGAUGUCAAUUCUGAAAACGUUUGGAAACAAAUUAUACCAAUUGUUAUUUAUUUGAAUUUUCCUCCAUUGGAAUAUAUCGAGUCAUUGGAAUUUAAAAAAGAUGUGAUUCCUUUAGAACGAAAAUUUAGACAAGCCUAUAACCUACAUACUUUCUUUGAUUAUGAAGAUUUUCUUUUCAAAAUUGAUAGAAUUGUGGAAAUGUUGACCAUGUUUGUGAACUGUGUAAAAAACGAUAUUCAAAGCAAGCAUGUCAACCUCCAUGAUAUUUCUUCUAUCGAUUUGGUUUUCCCAAUUUCUAAUGAUUAUACCAUCAACAUGACAUACUCUCAUCUGACUCAAAUUUUGUGUGAAGCUGAUAGAGUAGUUGCUACUUGCAUGUCAAUAUUUCAUUGGAAGGCUUACAAACAUUCCUAUUUUGAAGAGAUGUAUAUGGAAAUUCCUCAAGAGCUUCCAAGAAUUAGAGAAAAUUAUCAACUUUGUGCUCAGCUAUGUACUGCCUUGAAAGACUCUACAGCUGACAAUCAAGAGGUUUUGAAUUCUCUCUUUUCCAACCUGAACUGCUAUUACUGCGACAAGCUGUCAGCUGCUUGCUAUUAUUCGAGAAAAUUCUUCAACAGACAUGUCAUUCUACAUGCACUACAUAACACUAGCUGCCUGUCGCAAGAUGAUUAUGACAAGUAUGAUCAAGAAAUUAUUGAACGUGCAAUAUUUGCAAACGGUGAGAAUUUCAUUCUGUUACCUUCUUACAUACAACAGCAACAAGGUGAAGAAAUGUUAAUGACAGCACUUCGGAGAGGCUUGCUUUUGAACAGGCUAUUAGAAAACAAUCGUAUGGUGGAUUCACCUGAUAGUACAUUUAUGAAAACGAAUGAAUUAUUUUUCAAAGCUAUGGAUAUGAUGUUAAAAGAUAAUGAUUUUGCAUACGAUGUUAUUAAGACGUUGGCACGAGAAAAGAAAGGUCUGAGCUGCAUUGCAUAUUAUAUCAAGAGACGUCUCAUGAACAUGGACCUAAAAGUUGCACAUCCAUCCAAGUACAACAAGCACAAUUGCCUUUUUUUCGAUUGGAAAAUGAUGUAUUUAAUUCUUCAUGCAGACGGACAUUCGUAUCGACCUACCUCCUUUUUUCGUCCACAACUCUAUGCGUCCUAUUUUGUCAAUGUGUUGAUGAGAUUGAGGAGUGACACCAUUGACAAUAUUACCAUUUGCAUUCCACAUGGUCUUUCUUUAGACACGCAAAAUUUCAUUAUUGAACACAACAAGAAAUUCUUUCACACAUUGAACAAGGUGGGAUUGAUUCAACGCUCUGAUUAUAACAGCGUCUAUUUUAAUGAAGAGUAG